GCCAGACGGAAAUGAUUUGGAUUCUUACUUAAAUUCUAUCGGCAAAUGUAAUAAAGCCAUGGAAGUUUUGGGUGCAAUGAGUUUAAAAAGUAGUGAAAAAAUUAUUGGACAGCUGAAACAAAUAUUAAAAGCCGCAAUGUUGCAAUUAGAGGAUCUUUUUCGACUUUGGUUAACAGAACGAAGUAACCCUAUUGAACCACUUUCUUUUCUAACAAAGAAAUUGGAGAUGCCUGGAAUACCAAUUUCUACUGCAAAAAACCUUGCGACAUUAUCUUCUUACCUUGCAACAACCGGUUUAGAACUCGGUUAUACAAGCGAAUUUGCUAAA